UGUUGUUGUUUUUGGUGGUGGUGAUGAUGGUGAUGGGCUCGUUCGGGAUCGGCACAGCCGCAGCUGCAACUGCGGGACUGAUAGUCAUGGCGAUGUUAAGCGGUGGUCACGCUGCAUUGGCAAGAACAGCGUUCGAGAAAUUAACUGAUUACGAUUACCGAGGAACGACUUAUUACAGCGUUAGAAAUUUAUCGCUUUACGAGUGUCAAGGUUGGUGCCGAGAGGAAGCUGAAUGCCAAGCUGCAGCUUUCUCCUUCGUAGUAAAUCCUUUAGCACCGAUGCAGGACACUCUGUGCCAAUUACAAAACGAAACAGCAGCUACCAAUCCAGCAGCUCAACCUCAACGUGCUGUGAACAUGUAUUAUAUGACGAAAUUGCAGAUCAGAUCAGAAAACGUAUGUCUCCGACCAUGGUCCUUUGAACGUAUCCCAAACAAAAUGAUUCGUGGAUUGGAUAAUGCACUCAUUUAUACAUCGACGAAGGAAGCCUGUCUCGCUGCCUGUUUGAACGAACACAGAUUUACCUGUCGAUCUCUCGAAUACAACUACGUUACUCUUCAAUGUCAUCUCAGUGACUCCGAUCGACGAACCACCGGACAAUACGUUCAAUUCGUCGAUGCUCAGGGGGUCGAUUAUUUCGAAAAUCUUUGCUUGAAGGGAAAAGAAGCUUGCAAGUCUCAAAGGAUCUUCCAAAUUCCUAGAAUCGGAGUCGCCGAUGACAAAGUCGCUCAAUACGCUGGUCUUCAUUAUUAUACCGAUAAAGAGCUUCAAGUUCAAAGCGAAUCUGCAUGCAGAUUGGCCUGCGAAAUUGAGAACGAGUUCCUUUGCAGAUCGUUCCUUUAUCGUGGUGCACCUCAAGGAUCGGCCUACAACUGUCAUCUAUUUCAUUUGGAUCAUUGGACUUUACCCGAUGGACCUUCGACCUAUCUCAACGCUGAAAGACCACUGAUCGAUAACGGUGAACGAGUUGGAACCUAUUUCGAAAACUUUUGCGAGAAAGGUACCGGACCACUCGCAGAUCCGCUUCCGGUCGUCUUCGAAACUACAGAAGAUCCUACAGUGAAUAAUCUGACAAGGAACGAUAUAAACUGCGAUAAAACUGGCACCUGUUACGAUGUAUCCGUCGAUUGUAAGGACACACGUAUCGCCGUACAAGUUCGUACAAACAAGCCAUUCAAUGGUCGUAUCUACGCCCUCGGACGUUCUGAAACUUGCAAUAUCGACGUUAUCAAUAGCGAUCUCUUCAGACUCGACUUAACGAUGAGUGGACAGGACUGUAAUACACAGAGCGUGACUGGCAUCUACUCGAAUACAGUGGUACUCCAACAUCAUUCGGUGGUCAUGACAAAGGCUGAUAAAAUCUACAAGGUGAAGUGUACUUACGAUAUGUCAUCGAAGAACAUCACUUUCGGGAUGAUGCCUAUCAGAGAUCCGGAAAUGAUUAGCAUCACUAGUGCGCCCGAGGCACCACCACCAAGGAUACGUAUUCUCGAUAGCAGAUCAAGAGAAGUGGAAACUGUAAGAAUCGGAGACAAAUUGACGUUUAGGAUCGAAAUACCCGAAGACACACCUUACGGAAUCUUUGCUCGCAGCUGCGUUGCUAUGGCCAAGGACUCUAAGAGCACCUUCCAAAUAAUCGACGACGAAGGAUGUCCAGUGGAUCCCUCCAUAUUCCCGAGCUUCACGCCAGACGGUAACGCCCUUCAAUCGGUCUACGAAGCCUUCAGGUUCACGGAAUCUUAUGGUGUCAUCUUCCAAUGUAACGUCAAGUACUGUCUCGGACCAUGCGAACCGGCUGUUUGCGAGUGGGGACGUGAAUCCGUUGAAUCGUGGGGCAAAAGACGUCGAAGGAAUGUCAUGAAUAAUACCGAAGAGAAAGCUGAGGAUAUGACUCUUUCUCAGGAGAUCUUAGUCUUGGAUUUCGGUGAUGAAAAACAAUCGGACUUCCUCAAAAGUGAUGCCAGCAUAGACUUCAAUGAAGCAGACAAAACCGUAACCAUCGUAGAACCAUGCCCGACAAAGACGUCGGUACUUGCAUUGGGAGUCACGUGUGCUCUUCUGGUUCUUAUCUACAUCUCCACGAUCUUUUGCUACUACAUGAAGAAAUGGUUAUCACCGCGGAAGAUGAUGCCUUGAAAAACUCGUUUCGCUCCUGCAAAAACGAAUAGAACAAAAGACGAGUAGAGGAAGUGUUUUUAUACGAUAUACACAUAUACACAAUACACAAGUACACUUUACCUGCGACAUUAAUAUCAUACACUAAUACGAAUAUGUCGCACACGUGAGAAAUAUCAUUGAUGCAAAAUCAACGAUAUUUGUCAAACGAGACAACAAAAAAAAAAGAAAAAAAAUGAAAAAAAAAAGUGGAAAAAAAAAGAAGAAAAAGGAGGAA